CAAUAUACCCCGAGCAGAAUUGCUUUGCCAGCUCGGGUCCACUGUAUGUUUGCUCAAGGCUAUCAGCUUGCUCGCGCGCAUAUCUGUCAAAAGUUUUACGUGUCUACGCCUCCUUUGUUUGAAGCAAGCAGUCAAAGCCAUCAUGAAGUAUGGUUCCGGAGUCAUAUGCAUCCGACCUUUGAAAUAUCCACGUUCAAUGUCUGUUCUUUCAUAGCAGACUGCUUCGCGUUUUACCGCUUUUGUUGUUUGCAUCAUUCAGCAAGUCAUCUGCUGGACCUUUUUAAUCUUUCAUCUGCUCCGUGAUCGCUUCACUCCCUAUCGUCCUUACUCCUCAAGCGCUAAAAUGGCCGUACCUGCACGUAUCGAGCCAGUCACCUAUUUCUACGCAACUGGCAACACACCAGCUGUCAACUUGGCCCAGUCGUUGCCUCCUGAGAAAGAUGGAACAUGCCUCCUAUUGGGAUGUGGUGAUGUUCGCAACGUUCUCUUUACUGCAUAUUCUCGACUACCUUCUGGAAUUGGCAGACUUGACAUCACCUGCUGUGAUAUCCUGGCUGAGACAAUUGCACGAAAUGCCUUACUCUACACCCUGCUCAUCGACGACAAGGAGGACAACAACGCACACUUGAUCUGGAACAUUUACUAUCACACGAUGGUCGACCAGAAUGCAUUGCAGCUCCUUCGUGACCAAGCAAAGAAGCUCAGCGGACUGACAACAUCACUGGAGACCUGGCAUAACAGUCCAUAUGGAAAUUCAAUUCGGUUUUGCGACCAGGGUACCUUUACGCGAGUCAUCCAGCUUUGGAAAUUCUACUCCUUGGAUCCCUCUCAUGGACCAGUCUUCCACAGUCAGCAGAAGCGACUGCAAGCUAGCUUUUCCAAGGCACAAAACUUACACACGAAACUGGUCGGCGGUAAAGUCAAUUACUCAGCUGUUCGUUCCACUGCUCCAUGCACUAUGCUGGCUAUGGAGGAUAGAACACUUCUCUCUACUGAGCACUGGAAGACAGGGCUUGUAUUGGACAAUAAGAAGCUUGUGAAAGCGUCAAAAUAUCUGAAUCCAAUGUUCGGGGCAAUGCAAGAGACCGUUACACUACACUAUGCCACAGAUCCUCUCCUAGGAUUUCAUCUAGCACCGGCCUUUGUGUCUCUCGCUGAAGGCUCUCCCUUGCGCACAGAAAUCUCCGAACAGUCAAGUGCCAGAGCAGUUGCAAGCGCCGCCUUUGCGGAAUUUCAAGCUUGGACUAAAAGCUUUCGCCGCGCUCAGUUCGUCAUUCGAUUUGUGGCUUCGGAUGCUCUGGCUUUCUGUUACGUGCUGCAGCAUCAUCGCAUCCAUCAAGAAACUCAAUCUGCGAACUGGUACUGCGACCGAACGCAUUACGAGCAGCUCGUCUUAGACUCGGAGGAUUACACACCUGGUGGACAUGCUCCCACGGUAUUCGACAUCAUUGACACUUCAAAUCUGAUCGACCACUUGGGACCGCUCAAUGUUCUCGUCGCAGGCGUUCCCCUUCUGCAUCAAAGCCCAUAUUCGGCUCUCUACACUGAGAUACUCGUCUUGCGAGAUACAAGUGUGGCAGCGUAUGUUGAAACCCUCCUGUGUGGAGACCUAGCAACAGUCUCAGCUGUGCUAGGCAUCUCGCCGUGUCAGUACUGGACCAAUACCACGACAAUCUCAAGCCUCAUGGAGAUCCUGAAAGACGGAUUCAUGAAAGAGAUUCACAAAGAGCCCCUCACUCAAUCCCGACUCAUUCUUAUGUGGAAGGCCGGCGUGCUCCCGGUCAUCAAGUUCGACUCCGACGAGCUAGCACGUCUGAUGUAUAAGGUGUAUCUGCAGAUGUUUCGUGACGAAAGCUGGGCAAACAUGUUGUCGACCUCCGCUGCUCAACUUACGCGGACUCAGUAUGCUCCCUACACUCGUGCCAGCAUUGUUGAGCUCUUGAAGCUCGUCAAGAGUGGAAAGCUGGUUGACUUCGACAAAUUCAUCAAGGCUUUCUGCGACAACGUGGCACACGAUACUGUGUUGAACAUGGGAGCUCAUUACAUCCAGGAACUUUUCAUGCACUUGCACAUGUCUGGCUUGUUUUCUGCAUCUACCUACGAGCCAGGUCUUGAUGGUUUCAUGGACCUAGUGAAUGACAGCCCACUCCGAACAUGGAAGGAUCUACCAGCGACAUUAUGUCUGACACUUGUCGUCCCACAUUCCAAGCUUUGGCUAUUCCAGAAGAAAUCUCCCACGGAUACAGGAAGCCCACUUUGUCAUGUUGCGCUUCAACAUACAGAUGGCAGGCAAAACUUCUUUCCUGACCUGCAAUUGGGCUUUGGCAAAGUUCGGACCACUGGUGUGAAGCAUACUGGUGAUUUCACUGUUUACGUGGACUCCGACGAGAAGGAGUGGCAAGGCAAAGGUCCACUGAUCGUUUCCGUUGUGAUCCCUACCUGGUUGGCAUUGUACGACCUGGACCAUUCGACCAAGGUUGCCUUUGCUUUGAAGUCUACUCCAAUGACCGUUGCUUUCACGGCAGAUCUCGGCAUGAUGCUCGAAUUGCACAAGUCCAGCCUGGCUAGCGACGAUGUGUAUCUCACCACAAAUCCUCCAAACAUGGCUGGACGUCCACCACUCCCGUGCGAUUCGAAGACCGCAGCUUCUCAAGGUAUCACUCAGGCCUUUGGUGCUCUUGCGGUAGGAAUCCAUCCCACCGACCAAACCACAACAGUGACGUUUACUGCUUCACUUGAGAAUCAAGCGACAAAGGUAGAGAAGCUCAACGUUCAUCUCGACAUUGUCUCUCCUAAAGCUCGAUCACUGCUGAGGGCCAAAGGCGCAGUCAACGUUCAACAAAUGUCCCCUUUCCGACUGAGGUUCAAUAUUGGCCUCAAUGGAUUUCAGCAAGACGUCCGACUGCCAAUGCCGUUCAGCAUGUCAGGAGGAAAGACCAGAGUAGCCCGGACGUCGGCAUAUUUGGAGUUUAUCGGCACCGUUGCAUCACCCACAGAGACAAUGUCGCGCACGGACGGCAUGACUCCAGUGAGCCUCACGGAGGGCAAACCGCUGCUGGAGACACUGCCCUACGUCAGCCUUGACAGUCUGCCUAUCUUGGAUAUUCAGAAAACCGAGAACAUCACGAAGCACAACUGGAUGGGCAUGUAUUUGAUCACAAUGUUCUCUGCCCGAGAAAGAGCAGAAAGAGACCGUUGCCAAAAGAUGAAUAUCACGCCUGACGACGGACGCAUAAGCUUCAAGGAUUCCCUCUUCGGUAUGUUCAUGGUCUCGACUGGUGCAGCUCGUGGAAGUCCCAAGCAGGAUGUCUUCGCUCUCUGCCUCAAAGGGGUUCCAGCCAUGCAGUAUUUGAUCUGUGUGUCCUCGAUUCGCAUCGACAUUUCAAGCCACAGCAUCGUCCUGGACGCGGCACUGCUACCGAUAACGAAGCAAAACGAACAUGCAACGGCAAAUUUCCUCGGCGCGAGGCUGCAGUCGAACCUGCAAGCUAUCGAGAUUUACGAGAACGAGCUCGCAGUCUGGCAACAUGUCCUUCCAGCUUUUGCCGAGCGCUGCCGUGACUGGCAGCAUAGACAUUUCUGCGAGUAUGACAAAGCUGAAGCGUCCGUUCCGUUGUCAACCGAAAGAGGAGAAGACGCGCUGUGUUCAUGCGGGCGUGGAAAGUUUCCGAAAGGGUACAACCAGCAUAUUCUCGGUUGGGACAAGAUCACUCAACACUGUACGCGGAUCGCCAUCACGCCGCUUUUCCCCGUCCCUUUUGUUGAGAAGGUACUUGAUCUGGCUGCAAUCACGGACAAAAAUCAGGAACCUUCUGAAGAGGAGUUUGACGAAACCACGAUGGCAAACAUGCUUAACGGCAAGAAAGGAUGCUGGAACUGUGGGAAAGAAGGUGUUAAGCUGCUCAAGUGUGGAAAGUGUAUGGUUGCAGAGUAUUGUUCGAAGGAUUGUCAGCGAAGUGCUUGGAAGGAAAAGGGGCACAAGCAGGCUUGCCAGCAAAUCACCGAGUUCAAACAUCGCCAAGAGGAGGCCGGUGCUCGUUGAGCCACAGUCUCAUGGUUUAGUCUUUGCAGGACAAGGUCACAGAACAACACCGCCUCGUCUCAAAAAUGUCAGAGUCGUUGAUUAGGCGAGAAGGCAUAUCAGAGCCAUCAACGGUGAGGGCAGGCAGGAGAGCACACACACCAUAUAAUAUGACUUACGACCGCUCUCUCCCAUUUGUCAUGUCGUAUCUGCAAGGCUAUGAGAUGGGCAUCUAACAGGCACCGGCACAGCUACAGCCACAAGCAGCGGGGCUGGAGAGAUAUGGACCAUUGAAGCAUGGGCCGCUGGGGCAUUGCGA